GAGAAAAAUCUAUAUUUAUAAUCUAAUAGCAACUCUUGCAAAAGAAAUACGGGUAUUCAUUUAUUUUUUUGUUUCACAAGAUUGAUGUGAGUACUAUUAACAAUAUUAAAAUAGGUGGACCAAUCAAUAUUUAACACAGUACAGUAAAAUUGAAUUUUAUCUGAGGAUUGCUAAUGUGCUUUUCAAGAUGACUACAGCAAUGGUGAAAAUAAUAAUUUCUGGUGGUGUAAUUAUAAAUUAAAAACAAUACAUACAAGACUUGUAAAAUAAAUUAAUACAGAAAGACUUUGACUCUUGAUUAAUUUUUCAUAUCAAAUACAAAAGGUAUUCAAAUAGUCCUAGAAUUUAUAGAAAUAGUAUUAUUUUAUUGAGAUUUCCAAGAGUGAGAGAAGUCUUAAAAUAUUUAGUUUAAGCUGCCCGUUUACCAGGAUCCCAUAUCUUGCCAUAUGUUGGUGAUGAUAGAGAAAAGAAUUUAUAAAUAUGUUUUUUUGUUAAUGAUAUAAUUGGACAAGGAUCUUAUAUGAAGCUUAUAGAGGAGCUAAUUUAAAAUCUGGAGAUAUUCCAGAUAUCA